AUGGAGAAUGCCUACACGAGCUUCAUCAACAGCCAUCCCCAGCACCACCGCUACUACUACCACCCCGCAGCGCCACCGGCGCCAGUGCCGGCCGCCGCCUACCCCUCCCUGCCUUUCUUCGCUGCGCAUCAUCUGCAGCCAUCUGCUCCGACGGCGCCCGCCCCGCCCUCGCCCCCGCUCCGGGAAGCCCUGCCGCUGCUCUCUCUGGCCCCCGCCCCGCGCGGUAUCGGUAUCACGCGACAGGAGGAGCAACGCCGCCGGGCACCGGCGUUAGAUUCUGAAGAGGACAGGGACGAGGGAGAGGAGGAGGGCCCCACCACGAGCAGCAACCACGGCCACCAGCAGCGCCUGGGACAGGGAGGGUUCUUCGCCGACCUGAACGCCAAGGCCGCGGGUGACCCGAUGGACGUGGAGGAGGCUGCCGACGGCGCCAGCCCAGGCUCCGCGGCGGGCGACGUGACUGUGGCGCUGCGCAUCGGCCUGCCGCUGCCGCCGGCACCUACUAGCACCGGCGCGGCCGACCUGGUCUCGAACCUCUCCGCCGGCGCCCGCAGGCAGCAGCAGCACAACCACGACGGCGGCGAGGAGGAGGAUGACAGCAGGGAGAACGGUGGCGGCGAGGAGGAGGAAGAAGAGGAGGAGACUACCGCGGUGGCGGCGCCGCUAGGGUUCCCGUCCACACCGAUCGGGCGGCUCAACAAGGGGCAGUACUGGAUCCCGACGCCGUCGCAGAUCCUCAUCGGCCCCACGCAGUUCUCCUGCCCCGUCUGCUUCAAGACCUUCAACCGAUACAACAACAUGCAGAUGCACAUGUGGGGUCACGGGUCCCAGUACCGCAAGGGCCCGGAGUCGCUGCGGGGCAUCCAGCCGACGGCCAUGCUGCGGCUGCCGUGCUACUGCUGCUCGCCGGGGUGCCGCAACAACAUCGACCACCAGCGCGCCAAGCCGCUCAAGGACUUCCGCACGCUGCAGACGCACUACAAGCGCAAGCACGGGCUCAAGCCCUUCCUGUGCCGCCGCUGCGGCAAGGCCUUCGCCGUCAAGGGCGACUGGCGCACGCACGAGAAGAACUGCGGCAGGCUCUGGUACUGCCUCUGCGGCUCCGAGUUCAAGCACAAGCGCUCGCUCAAGGACCACGCCCGCGCCUUCGGCCAUGGCCACGGCUUCGUCGGCGGCGCCGGCGCUGCUGGCUCCGUGUGUGGCGGGGCACUCGACGACGACGAUGACGGCGCGGUGUCCGACGUCGACCACGACGGGGCCACGGCGGCCAGGUCGAUGUGA